AUGGGGCCAUUAUUAGCUGCCCUCCGAUAUGAGUUGGGAGACGGUCACACGUACGACUACGCCGAGGGAACUGCCUCAUGUCCUAUAGACCCCGGUCUGGCGACGUAUUUCCUCACCAACGACGACUGUUUCGCGUACUUUGAUCCCUCGCGACCGGAGUCAUUUGCGACGGCUUUGCACCACUUAGCCGAGUUCAUCGAGCACGAAGGUCCCUUCGACGGAAUCAUGGCCUUUUCCCAGGGCGCCCAGAUGGCCGCUGCCCUGCUGGCUCGACUCCAGGCGCACCGCCCAACCGGCUACCCUGUACGGUGCGCGAUCUUCCUCUCGGCCGCCACACCCGACGGCGCCCCCAUUCUGGGCCCACCGACCGACGAGGUUGAGGUUCCAUUGCAGCUCCCCACCGCGCACAUCUGGGGCGAGACCGAUUACUCGGCCACUAGUCGUAUGCUAAGCACGAUGUCUCGGCCGGAAUGGUGCUUCCCGUUUGUGCAUUCCGGAGGACACGAGGUGCCGGGUGGGAGCUCGAGACGUUACGGAUACGCGAGGCCACGGACGGCGGGCUUUAUAGCGGCACGGGGUCAGGCGGUGAGGGGCGACACUUCCGGGUUGGGCGGCCCUAAAGACAAAUUACAUCAGGGUGUAGUCUGUCAACAGACGCAAAGGGGUACAUCCCCCCAAAUUGUGAGACUGCCUUGA